GGAGCCCCUUUGCGCAUGCGCGGCGGGGGCUGUGACGUUCUUGGGCGGGUUCGGAGGCUGGCGGUUGUGGCGGUGCUCUCGAGGCGCUUUUGGGGCGGCGACCAGAUUGAGUGAACCUUCAUAAAGAUGGCAAAGCAACAGCCUGCUGAAAAGUUUACAAAUCCCGAAACCCCUGGUUAUGUUGGAUUUGCCAACCUUCCAAACCAAGUUCAUCGGAAGUCUGUGAAAAAAGGCUUUGAGUUUACCCUUAUGGUGGUUGGUGAGUCUGGACUUGGGAAAUCUACUCUGAUAAACAGCCUGUUCUUAACAGAUCUCUAUCCAGAAAGGAUAAUCCCAGGAGCAGCUGAGAAAAUUGAAAGAACGGUGCAGAUUGAAGCUUCAACGGUUGAAAUUGAGGAGAGAGGUGUGAAACUCCGUCUCACCGUAGUAGACACACCAGGAUAUGGUGAUGCCAUCAAUUGUAGAGAUUGUUUCAGGACUAUAAUUUCCUAUAUUGAUGAACAGUUUGAGCGCUAUCUUCAUGAUGAGAGUGGUUUGAACAGACGACAUAUCGUAGAUAAUCGAGUUCACUGCUGCUUCUAUUUCAUUUCACCAUUUGGCCAUGGACUCAAGCCAUUAGAUGUUGAGUUCAUGAAAGCCAUUCACAACAAAGUCAACAUUGUACCUGUAAUUGCAAAAGCUGACACUCUUACUCUGAAGGAGCGGGAAAGACUGAAGAAAAGGAUUCUGGAUGAGAUUGAAGAGCACAGCAUCAAGAUUUAUCAUUUGCCUGAUGCUGAAUCAGAUGAGGAUGAAGACUUUAAAGAACAGACCAGGCUUUUGAAGACCAGCAUUCCAUUUUGUGUAGUUGGAUCCAAUCAACUAAUUGAAGCCAAGGGUAAAAAGGUUAGAGGUCGUCUCUAUCCUUGGGGAGUUGUUGAAGUGGAAAACCCCGAACAUAACGACUUCUUGAAACUAAGAACCAUGCUAAUCACCCACAUGCAGGAUCUCCAGGAAGUGACUCAAGACCUUCACUAUGAAAACUUCCGUUCUGAAAGACUUAAAAAGGGUGGCAGUCGGAAGGUAGAAGAUGAGGAUGCCAAUAAAGACCAGAUUUUAUUGGAAAAGGAAGCUGAACUCCGUCGCAUGCAAGAAAUGAUUGCCAGGAUGCAGGCGCAGAUGCAGAUGCAAAGGCAGGGUGGCGAGGGAGACAGUGCUGUGGCUCAUGGGCAUAAAGUUUAAAUUAUUUGAUACCAUCAUUAAAUGAAGCCAUUUCAGACGUGAUGCAGUGGCAUAUUUGGUGGCGAGAGAUGCUUCUUAUGAGACGGAAGACCAUUUGCAUUCAACAUUGGAAAUACAUUGUGGUCAUUUUUGUAAUGCCUACUUUGUAAACAACAAAUUUGGUCAAUAUUUUAAUGUUGGUUUAAUGUUAUGUGGUGAUUUAUUAACUUUGAUAGUUUUACUCUUUUACUGAACUUUUAAAAAAAUAUAUCCUGGUUACAUAGAUACUCCAAAUGUUUCCUAACUUGAUACUAUUCAUGUGACAAUGUGGAUUACUAUCACUAUUUUGUGUUUCUUUGGUUACACUGAAGGGAUCAUGUGAUUUUGACCACUGCCCCUAAGGUCCAAAAUCUGCAUGUGUGCUUUGCAUUUCCUCUGUAGCCUUUCCUAAUGACCUAGUAGUCUGGUUUAUAUGCACAUACAACAAAAGGAAUUUAAACCAUUAUCUCGAUAAAUAAGAAAUCUUUAUUUGCUCAGUAUUAAGUACUUUUGAUGCAGAAAUUUAUAAAGACGGUUGUGAGUGAACAUUUGGGCCUUGAAAUAGUGUUCUUUGGUUUUAGGCUAUCCAACAAUACAAGUGACAAUUUUUUCAGUGCCAUUUCUUGCAUUUCGUAGGAUAUUAGUCCUGUGUGCCUCUAACACCCCUGAGCUGCUCUACAUUUCUACAACUGCAGUGUUAUUCUACCACGUUGCUACCACACAUGUAAUAUUUUGUGUCAUAACUGAAAAAAUAGAACAAAACUUACAGUAUAAUGUUCAAAAGGCAUGUUACAAUAUAGGAAACAAUUGCUGUCAGAUCUUCAGGAAUAUAUAUUUUUGUAUAUUUUACCUUUUUUUAAAAAAAGUUAGACCAAAAGACACCCUCAGGCAUAUUUUGUCUGGCAGCGCUGGUUUUGCCAUAGGAAAAAUCAGGCACUGGCAUUUGCACUGUGAGGAAAGAGUAACUUUAAGUCUCGUGCUGUUUAGUCUUCCAUCUUCAAUAAUAUACAAAAUCGCUUAGAGUGUGCAGGUUGUCUGCUGACAUCUUUCUCCUGGUCCCUGUUACAUACUGAUUGUUUUCUUAUAAUGUUCUGUGUCUUUGUACUUUGUUUUGACAACUAUUCUGGAAAAUAAUGGAAGUCUAUGCUUCUCCAUUAACAAACCAAGUUAAUGGUGGUCCAUACAGAAUAUGGAUCUAAUACAGUAGUUUUAGCAGUAACUUUAAUUCUAAAGAAUUGUCAUUUUAAUUGUUGCUCCCGAAAGUGUUGCAAAUGUCUAUAUACAUAUCCAUGUAGAUAAGUAUAUCCAACUAUCUCUUAAAAUUGAAGAGCAGUUCAUGUGAAGUGACCCUGCUUGAUCAUAAAAUUCCUUUCUUCUUUAGAAGUUUACUAACAUUUGAUUUUUCAUUUUUAUGGCAGUAAAAGUUGUUUGCUGUGUGCUAAUCUUGUAUUGCCAUAAAUAAAAAGUUGCAUUAAAACGAACAUUUGUAGUAUACAGUAGAACUGCAGGGAGAGGUUUACAGCGUCCUAGUGGUUUUAUUUUUUAAUGUUAAUCUAUUUUGAGUGUCUGUUCUACUCAACCAUUGCUGUUGUAGAAUUUAUAAUUCAAGCAGUUUACAACUCAGUGCCAAAAGACUGAACAUGGGUACUCGGUGCAUGAUACUGUUUCUAAUAUUUAAUAUGUAGACUUUGUUUUAAAAUCAAACCCUCAUUUCCACAAACUGUUAUUUAAGUUCCUAAUUACUUCAUCUGAAACAUAAGAAUAAACAGUGUCUGAAGCUUUAGGGCUUUAGUUUUUGGGCUUGCUUUGAAAUCUGCCAGAGCUGACCUUGAAUAACAAAAAGAAGUGAAAAAAAUUGUAUAAUAUAAAAUUCAAGAGAAUAGGAAUGUAAUAAUAGGAUUAUAGAAGAGAUACCUAUUAAACAAAGAAACCAUAUUUGCUAACUACCCCUUUCCCUGUUUGUCUUCUGUCAUAAUAUAUAUGGUUCAAGCAAAUCUUCCAACCUUCCAGAACAGAUUUUUGAUAGGGAGCUGUAAGGAGGUACAAACUCCUAGUUCUGUUCGCUGAGCUGUGGAAUUUUGUGACCACUGUUUUGCUCAUCCAUCUCUGGACUCCAUCUAGAAUGUUCAUAUACUUGGCUGAAAUGGUAAAACUUCCAUUAAAACAUUCCAAGUAAUUCCAAAAACAGAUCAUAAGCUUUUGGCUGUAUGUUUAUCUUUCUCCUUUCCUCAAAAGUAGCCAUUUCAAUAUUUUUGCCCUACAUCAAAUCACAUACAGAGGGGUUAAGUUAUGCUUGUUUUGAACACACUUCUGAAAUCUCCUAUUUCUCAGGAUCAUGUUUGAACUGGUAUUGGCAGCCUCUGUGUGAGUUUAUUACUCUAAUAAACCAUAAUGCAUUGGGUUAAUUUGCCAAUUAUAGGAAAACUGUAUGUGUGUGCCAAAUAAUUAGUGGAAGCUUAACCCCACUUUAUAUCUCAGUUUUCAUUAAAUACCUAACAAAUCGUACAUUCAUUCUGAACUAAUAUGCACCCCUGCAUGUUUAGCUUGGUUGCUGUGAAUAGACCAUUGCAUACUGUGGUCUUUGCCUGUGGAAUUGUAUUUUGAAGUGUCUUGGCUUUUUAUGUUAGCUUGUAACUAUUCAAACUCUUUAAAGAUACUAAACAUUCAUAAAUUACUCUUUUGGAUUUCUUUUUAUUUAAAUUUUUAAGAUAUUUUAACAAAGUGGGGCGUAAGUUCCAUGGGACUAAUUGAUAUUUUUGUGCCUGGCAUAGUUCUAAAAUCUGUUUGUACCUUUUUUUCUGCAGUGAGCCGUAUUCCAAUAUUUAGUGUUGAAUAAAAGUAGUAAUAACUAAAGUUAUUAUCAGGCAGUCUUCAACCUUUGGAAAUAUAGUUGGCAUCAGAAUAGCUUCUGUCCUCCUUCAGGAUACUUGCCAGUCUAUAGAGCAUUCCAAACACUUUUCUUGAAUAAAAGUUAACAUACUUACAAUUUUAAGAGUAUAUUAUUAACACUUUUACUGUUUUGUAUUGGGAUACUUAAAAGGGCUAAUUUUGUAUAAGACAAUUUUAACAUGAAAUUGGUUUACUGUACCCUCAACAUUAGCCAAGACUAUUAAUAAACAUAACAUAUUAAAA